AGGUUCUGCCAGAAAGGAACCGAACACUGAUUGGAAAUAAAGGAUAAUCACAUUAAACAUGCACAGUGUGAUCCGGCGCUAUCAGCCCUCUGACCGGGAGGCUGUCGAAAGAGUUUUCCGAGAUGGAAUAGAGGAGCACAUCAAUCCUGCGUUCCUGUACGCCAUGACCCGUCCGCUGCACAUCACUGUGAGCCUGUUCUUCUACAUGGGCUCGUAUGUGUGGGGUGGACAGUCAGUGCUUCUGGCCCUGGUGUCUGGAGGAGCCUGGAUAGGUCUCGUGUUCUUCUGCUGCUACGAGUUCUACGCCGGCUACGUGCGGGCCAGACUGAACACGGAUAUGCAAGAUAUUCCGGGUUACUACCUCAGUAAUCCAGACAACUGCUUCUGGGUUGCCGAAGCUGAGGUGAGCGGCCGGCCUCAGAUUUUGGGGAUGGUGGCCGUUGAAGGAAAAAAUGACCCGGGAAGUGAUGGGAAGAAGUAUGGCGAGGUUUACCGAAUGAUUGUUUCGUCCACCUGUCGCCGUACUGGUCUCGGUCGACAGCUGGCUAAAACUGCGGAAGACUUCUGUAGGGAACGUGGCUUCUCAAAGAUCGAGCUUUCCACCUCUUCUACGCAGAGAGCAGCCGUGGCGCUGUACUUUAAGCUGGGCUUUAAACUCGUCCUGGUUCACACGCAAUCUGAGUUCCCAAAGUGGAUGAUCUGGAUGACUAGAGCCACGAUUCUGACCAUGGAGAAGAACAUUGAUCAUUAACUUUUCAUCUAAAGGCUGAAAGUUUCUUUUGUAGGUCUGAUUUGUGUAGGCUACUGAUUUUCUUUAAGCUUAGUAGCACUUUUUACAGAAGUUUUAGAGCACUGUUUUACAUCACACAAAUGUAAUGAAAUUUGCUAUUAAAGAUUUUUCACUUUUAUGA